AUGAUCGACUUGCUGCUGGAACUAACAGUCCGCGCUUUCACGGCAACGAGAGGCCAAUCCUUGCUAGGCGCUUUGGUGACGACCCGACAAGCACAGUUGCUGGAUAACUUUCGGUCCGAUAACCCGGACCCGGAGAUGAUUAGACGGCCAUACCGGAAGCUUAGGUUUGCUGAUGAGUCCACCAGAUCGAGUGUCUGCGGCGAGUUUCGUCUUAUGAUCGAUCGCAUUGAGUUGCAGAACGAAACAGUAGCUGCUGCUUCUGACCAACCACAGCCGUUGCCGAAGAAGGCUAAAAUUGCUGACGAGGAUAUAGAUUCAGCAAGCGACGAGGAAAUUGAAAACACUAAACCAGUACAUGAGCUUGAUCGAUAUCUGAAGCACCAUUUUACAUUCUCCUCCGGCGGCAGUGAUGGAGGUACCAGUGAACCCGCCAGUUCCACCACUUGUGCUACCACAGCGAUCAAAUUUCUUAACAACGCCAACGUAAUGCACAGCGCCAUCAACCAGAAACAAUUGUUCCUCCGGUCCAAGGGCCUGACAGAAGAAGAAAUUCAGCUGGCCUGUGAACGAGUCGAGGUAUUCACUGAAGAUCCAAACAUCCCAAGCCAGAUGGUGAUUAGCGUGGGAGUCAGUCCAGUGGGUUAUCCGGAGGCAAAUUAUGUCAUUCAGUCGCGGCAUUCGUGGUUCGGCAGGGUUAAGCAGGUUCUCAGCUCGGUGGCCCUAAUCAGUGGGCUUAUGUAUGUCGUCUAUCGCUUCUACAAAAAAUUCAUCGAGCCACUUAUCUUCCGAGUAAAGAAGAAAAAACCGGUGGAGGAGCAAAUUUCCGAACUCAACGAAACUAUCAAGGCAAAGAUUGAUAGCAUCAAUUUCGCUCGAGUACAUCAAGCACAAUCGAGCACCAAGGAAUUGACAAACUUCAAAUCCGACCUGGACUCGAUCAAAGGAUUGUUGUUAAAUAGAAAACAAUUUGCCUCGCCCAAUCUACCAGUUGUGCCACCUUCCAUUCCUGCCUAGCAACUACAGUCCUAGCGAGAGGAACGGACACCAAACAGUGAAGGUGAACCGGAUAAGAUCGAUGAUAGCGACACCGGCUCCGGAUCCGGAUCCAGCGAGAAUGAUGUAGUGUUGAAAAAAAAAAUCGAUGGCAACAUUGGUGUAGCUAAUGCGGGUGUCAAGGGGGGCCAGGUCCCCUCCAGAAUUAUUUAG